AUGGCAGUCAGACUGUGUGAUGUGGCUUCUCUGCUUAGAAGUGGUUCGUGGGCAGCAGAGCCUUGGACUGGGCAGGUAAUUGCUGCCAUGGAAACACAACUGUCUAAUGGGCCAACUUGCAAUAACACAGCCAAUGGUCCAACCACCAUAAACAACAACUGCUCUUCACCAGUUGACUCUGGGAACACAGAGGACAGCAAGACCAACUUAAUAGUCAACUACCUUCCUCAGAACAUGACACAGGAGGAACUAAAGAGUCUCUUUGGGAGCAUCGGUGAGAUAGAGUCCUGUAAGCUUGUAAGGGACAAAAUAACAGGGCAGAGCUUGGGAUAUGGCUUUGUGAACUACAUUGACCCUAAGGAUGCAGAGAAAGCUAUCAAUACCCUGAAUGGAUUGAGACUUCAAACCAAAACAAUCAAAGUUUCCUACGCUCGCCCAAGUUCAGCUUCUAUCAGAGAUGCGAAUUUGUACGUCAGCGGACUUCCGAAAACAAUGACCCAGAAGGAGUUGGAGCAGCUCUUUUCACAGUAUGGCCGCAUCAUUACUUCUCGUAUUCUUGUUGACCAGGUCACUGGCAUAUCAAGGGGUGUAGGGUUUAUUCGAUUUGACAAGCGGAUUGAAGCGGAAGAAGCUAUCAAAGGCCUAAAUGGCCAGAAACCUCCUGGUGCCACAGAGCCAAUCACUGUAAAGUUUGCUAAUAAUCCAAGCCAAAAAACCAAUCAGGCCAUCCUUUCCCAGCUGUACCAGUCUCCAAACAGAAGGUAUCCAGGACCACUAGCUCAGCAGGCACAGCGUUUUAGGUUGGACAAUCUGCUCAAUAUGGCUUAUGGAGUAAAGAGGUUUUCUCCAAUGACCAUUGAUGGAAUGACCAGUUUGGCUGGAAUUAAUAUCCCUGGGCACCCAGGAACAGGGUGGUGUAUUUUUGUGUACAACCUGGCUCCUGACGCAGAUGAGAGUAUCCUGUGGCAAAUGUUUGGGCCUUUUGGAGCUGUCACCAACGUGAAGGUCAUCCGUGACUUUAACACCAAUAAAUGCAAAGGUUUUGGAUUUGUGACUAUGACAAACUAUGAUGAGGCUGCCAUGGCGAUAGCUAGCCUCAAUGGAUACCGUCUGGGAGACAGAGUACUGCAGGUCUCCUUUAAGACAAACAAAACGCACAAAGCCUAAUGAGCUCUUGUCCUCAGUCCAUUUAUAUAUGAAAACUAUACAACAAAGGCAAGUUAAGAGAAACUUUAUACAUUAGUAAAUGUCUUUGUAAGUCAGUGUUGAGAUGGGGAUAAAACGACUACUUAGCAUCCUAAGAAAUAUGUGAGAUUUUUUAUUGCUAGUAUUUGAAUUAAAACUUCUUAAAUAUCUUUUAUGUUUGAAUAUGGACAAGAGGUACAGGGUUUUUACCUGUCACAUUGCAUUCUAUUGCCUUCUUUGAAGAAGGUGGACCUUUUAAAGUGUUUCAGCUAAGGGAAGACAUUUCUUUUCUUUUUACAUAACUGCCUUGAACCUGUGAGUAAAUAUUGAGGCUUUGUGUUGUAAUUCUUCAGUUGGUUGUGUCUUUUUUUCCCCCUUUUAUUU